AUGGCUCCUAAGAACCACGCGGCAGGCAUCCCCGCCGAUGGUGCGGAGAGCGACCUCGCCGCACAGCUGAGGAUACAGAAGAGCACCUAUGAAGACUUCAUUGUUCAGAUUCAAAACACUAUGGAGAACGGGAUUAUCCACACAAAAAUUAUUAUGAAAAUAAAUAUAAUGAUUGUGGAACUGUUUAACGACACUGUUUUGGUCAAUGGAGAAUUAAUGGAUUUGCCCUAUAGCUCAUCAGGAGUUAUGAUAAAUAAAAUGGGGGUUUACACAAAACUUACCUCCAAAAUUGGCCUGGAAUUUGAUCUGAAUGAUGAUGGCAGCCUAAUGCUCCGGCUUGAUGAAAAAUAUUCUAAUCAGACAUGUGGACUUUGUGGAGACUAUAACGGCAUCUCUAAGUACAAUGAAUUUAUUAGCAGCUCUGGAUAUGAAAUCGGUGAAACUGAAUUUGGAAACCUCCAAAAAGUUAAUGUCCCAAAUGAACAAUGUGAAGAUGUGACUGCUCCUAAAUGGGAGAGCUGUAAUGAAACGGGUGAUAUAUGUGCAUAUAUUCUAACAGGCUCAAGUUUUGCAGACUGUCUGUCUAUCCUUCCUAUUGAUGCUUAUGUUUACUCCUGCAUGCAAGAUUUAUGUACCUGUAAAGAAAACAUUUCAUCUGACUGCAUAUGUUCCACAAUUGCUGAGUAUUCUCGUCAAUGUAUUCGUAAUGGUGGGAAACCUGAAAACUGGAGAACUCAAGAACUUUGUCCCAAGACCUGUCCUUUGAUCUUGGAAUAUAAAGAGUGUGGGCCUUCUUGUAGAGACAGCUGUUCAAAUCCAGAAAGGGGUUCUAUCUGUGAAAACAGAUGCGUUGAAGGUUGUUUCUGUCCCUCAGGAAUGGUGCUUGAUGAUAUUCAAUACGAAGGUUGCGUAAACAUAGACCAAUGUGCGUGCUCAUACAACGGAAAUGUUUUUCUCCCAGGAGAAACACGCUCUACUUCUUGUAGUUCCUGCACAUGUUUUAGUGGAAAAUGGAAUUGCACAAGUACACCAUGCACUUCCACUUGUUCCAUUGAAGGAGGGUCUCAUUUUACAACGUUUGAUGUUACACAUUUCACUGUUUAUGGAGAUUGCACUUAUGUACUUUCCAAGGUAUGUGAUGGUGGCAAUUUUACUGUCCUGGGAGAAAUAAGACCUUGUGGGAGAAAAGAUACUGAGACCUGUCUGAGGGAAGUUAUCAUUAUUUUGAACAGUGGGCAAACAAUUAUUGAAGUAAGACCUACAGGCGAGGUGUAUGUCAAUUUUUUGUAUACUUUCCUGCCCAUUUCUUCAGGAAACUUCAACAUGUUACAACCCUCACCCUUCUACAUCGUAUUUGAUUCCAACGAUGGAAUGCAGGCAAUAAUUCAGCUAAUACCUGUAAUGCAACUCUAUGUGGUUUUGGAUCCUAUAUAUAAAACUAGAACCUGUGGUAUCUGUGGAAAUUUCAACGAUAUUCAGACAGACGAUUUACGAACAAUUAGUGGAGUAACUGAAGGAACAGCUGCAGCAUUUGUAAACACCUGGAAAACAGAAGCUCAGUGUCCGAGUGUGAGGAAUAUAUUGGAUGACCCUUGCGCCCUUAGCCUGGAAAAUGAGGAUUAUGCAAAACACUGGUGUGGUCUUCUUACUGAUCCUGGGAAUGUCUUCAGUCAGUGCCACUACGAUGUGAACCCCAACAUUUUCUACAAGAGUUGCUUGACCGACACCUGUUCCUGUGAAAAGAGUGAAGAAUGUAUGUGCGCUGCUUUGUUCUCCUACGUUCGAGCCUGUGCCGCCAAAGGUGUGAUACUGACCGACUGGAACAACUUAGUUUGCAGCAACUACAAAUCAAUUUGCCCCGAAAACCUCGUGUUCAGCUAUGUUAUCAGCACCUGUCCACCAACCUGCCGAAGUCUUAGUAUCUCAGAUGUAAUGUGCAGGGUAGAAUUUGAUCCUCUGAUGGGUUGCAGCUGUGGCAAAGGGUUAUACCUGAAUGACGAUGGUGAAUGUGUACCUCCAUCUUUUUGCCCUUGUUACUAUCGAGGAUCUCCAAUAAAUUCAGGGACUACUUUUAAUGAAGGAGGAGUAAUAUGCACCUGUACAAAAGGAAAACUAAACUGCAUUGGAAAUGAAGUUGCAGGUAAGGCUUGUGUGGAUCCUAUGGUCUAUAUUAGUUGCAACAAUUCUAAACCAGGCACUCCAGGAGCUGAGUGCUUUAAAAGCUGUGAGACUCUGGACAUGCACUGUUACAGUAAAAGGUGCAGUCCGGGUUGUGUCUGCCCUAAUGGACUUGUGUCUGAUGACAAAGGUGGCUGUAUCAAUGAAAUAGAUUGUCCCUGUAUCCACAAUGAGGCAAUGUAUGCCCCCGGGGAAGAGAUAAAAAUUCGAUGCAACACCUGUGUUUGCAAGGACAGAAUGUGGAAUUGUACCGAGAAUGGUUGUCUGGGGACUUGCAAAGUAUACGGAGAUGGGCAUUAUGUCACAUUUGAUGGAGAGAGUUAUAGUUUUGGAGGAGAAUGUGAAUAUACUCUUGCAAAGGAUCACUGUUCUUUAAAUGACACUGGCAGCACUUUUAGAAUUAUCACUGAGAAUAUCCCAUGUGGGACUACAGGAACUACAUGCUCCAAAUCCAUCAAAAUCUUCCUAGAAGGUUAUGAACUUAUUCUUCUUGAUGAUCAUCUCAAUGUGAUACAAAGAGGUAACGGAACUGGAGUCCCAUACAGGGUGCGUUUAAUGGGCAUUUAUAUGGUUAUUGAGACUAACCAAGGCUUGCUGCUUGUGUGGGAUAAGAAGACAACUAUCUAUAUUAAAGUCACUAACAUCUUCCAGGGAAUGCUUUGUGGGUUGUGUGGCAACUACGAUGGUAACAGAAACAAUGAUUUUACCACCAGAACCAAUGCUGUUGUCGGAAGUGUUGAAGAAUUUGCAAACAGCUGGAAGUUGUCUCUGGCAUGUCCAGAUGCAAAACUCAACAAGAACCCUUGUGCCUUGAAUCCAUACAGAUUAUCUUGGGCACAAAAGCAGUGCAGUAUUAUCCACAGCAAUGCAUUUUCUGCAUGCCAUCCACAUGUUAACCCUUCACCAUACUAUGACAAUUGUGUUUCUGACACUUGCGCUUGUAAUACUGGAGGGGACUGUGAGUGUUUUUGCACUGCUGUUGCUGCCUAUGCCCAGGCAUGUGGAGAAUUUUUUAUAUGUAUUUAUUGGAGGACCCCAGCAAUUUGCCCUCUGUUCUGUGAUUACUAUAACAAGGAAAAAAGGUGUCAAUGGCAUUAUAGGCCCUGCGGGGCACCUUGUUUGAAGACCUGUAGAAAUCCUAGUGGAAAGUGUUCGUAUGAGUUAAGUGGCCUUGAAGGAUGUUAUCCCAAAUGCCCAAAAGAUGCGCCAUUCUUUGAUGAGGAUGAAAUGGAAUGCGUAUCACAAUGUGGCUGCUUUGAUGAAGACAGAAAAUAUUAUAAGUUGGGAUCCAAAAUACCCUCUAAAGAGAGUUGCUUGGACUGUAACUGCACAGAACAAGGCAUUAUAUGUUUGCCUAAUACUGAAGCCUGUAUUUGUAUAUAUGAAGGCCGAAUGUACCACUACAAUCAAACCAUAUACAACACUACAGAUGGUAUAGGAGGUUGUAUUACUGCAAUAUGCAAGGAAAAUGGAACCAUCCAUCGAGAAAUCUACCCAUGCCAAUCUGCCUUCACGUCACCAUUUACCUUUUCAACUGUACCCACUACAGCAGCAACAAAUGUCACUCAAAUGACAACAUUAUGUCUUGUUGAACAAUGUGAAUGGUCUGAGUGGUUUAAUGUCAGCCAUCCAGGAGCACAGAAUGGAGAUCAUGAAGAUGAAUCAUACCAAAACAUAAGAGCAAACGGAUAUACCAUUUGUGAAGAUCCAAAAGACAUUUAUUGUGAAGCAGAUAGUUCACCGGUGGAUUUAACUAGCUACAAUAUAAUAUGUAAUGUAUCUGUUGGGUUGUUAUGCUAUAAGCUGUCACCAUCUGCCCCUUGUCCUAACUACAGAAUUAAAGUUUUAUGCUGCAGUUUUGUACCGUGUGAAUACCUAACAUCUACAGAGACAACAGCUACUGAAACCCCUUCAACCACAUCAAAUCUCACCACCACAAAAGUAGAGAUAAUGACAACAAAAACAAGUCCAAGAACGCCCAUAUCAAUAUCCCAAAGGCAGCCAUUCUCAACAGUAUCAUAUUCAACGUCUGUAUUCUGUAUACCAGGAUGUCGGUGGACACAGUGGUUUAGUCUAAAUUCCCCAUUAUCUGGAAUAAGUGGUGGUGACUUUGAGAAUCUCAAAGAUAUACAGUCAGUUUCAUCAGUCUGUAUGAGCCCUGAUAACAUUGAGUGUAGAGCAAAGAAUUACCCUAACACUCCAUUGAGUCAGCUGGGACAAAAUGUAAUAUGUAACAUCGUGGAUGGAUUGGUGUGCCUCAACAAGGAUCAGAAUUCACUAACAUGCUAUGAUUAUGAGAUCAGAUUCUAUUGCUGUGAUGACUAUAGUAAUUGCAGGACAACAGCACGACCUACAACAGGAACAACACAAAAAGAAACCUCAUUGUCUUUAUAUACCACGGCAACUACCCAAACAACAAAGAAAUUCACUAUACUUUCAACGCUAUCAACUCGACGUACCACUGGAAUAUCAAGUAUAUCUCCCACAACUUCAACACUGAUUUCAAAAUCAACCAGUCCCACCACAAAAAAGAUAUCCACUACACCUACUACAAUCAGAACAACAAAACUGUCUACCACAGGUCCUGUAAAAACCAGCACAAAAGUUACCACAGCAUUUACUUCGCCACAUUGCUACUGUCUUGUAAAUGGCACCGCAUUCUCACCAGUUUUGUUUUUUAACCUAAAUUUACAAUGUAACUAUGAGAGCUGGAUAUACUGGCAACUACUGAGUAGAAAUAAAUAUUCUGACUCUGUGCAUGAUCUAAAAGCAGUGAGAAACAGCUUGGAAUUCUUAUUAGUGCUCAGAAAGAAAAGAGGCAGUGUUGGCAUUUAA